AUGUUUCCCAGGAGUUUAUUCUUCACGAUUUUACUCAUUUCUCAGAUUAAAGAAAAGGUCAUCCUUGGAGUAGAGGGUCAAGAACUGGUUUAUCCUAAAAGGCUUCCUCUGAUACAGGAGCGAGAUAUUUGGCACACCCAUGAGGAUGACAUACAGGAAGCUUAUGAAGAAGAAUUGUUGUAUGAACUAAGCCUAAAUAGAAAAAUCUUGAUAAUUCACCUUUUAAAAUCAAGGAAGUUCCUAGCCUCAGAUUACAGUGAGACAUACUACUCCACAAAAGGAGAGCAGAUCACCAAGCAUCCUCAGAUCAUGGAUCAUUGUUUUUACCAAGGAUCCAUCAUACAUGAAUUUGAUUCUGCUGCCAGUAUCAGCACAUGUAAUGGUCUGAGGGGGUUCUUCAGGGUGAGUGACCAAAGGUACCACAUUGAACCAGUGAAAUAUUCGGAUGAAGGAGAACAUUUGGUGUUCAAAUAUAAACCCCAGAUGCAGCAACCUGCCAAUUAUUCUUGUACAGAGCUCAAUUUUACCAGGACAGCUGUUCCAAAUGACAAUACUAAAUCCAUGGAAGACUCCAAAAUGGAAAGUAUGGAAAAAGAAAAGUAUAUUGAACUGUUCAUUGUUGCUGAUGAUAACAUGUAUCGCAGGAAUAAUCACCCUAACAAACUGAGGAAUCGAGUUUGGGGAAUGGUCAAUUUUGUCAACAUGAUUUAUAAAACCUUGGACAUUCAAGUGACAUUAGUUGGCUUUGUAUGGACAAAUGGAGACAAAAUAGAUAUAGAUUCUAAAAUAGAAACUACCUUAUUACGUUUUUCGGCUUGGCAAGAAAUAAUCCUUAAAAAAAGGAAGAAUUUUGAUCACGUUAUGUUACUCAGUGGAAAGUGGCUCUACGCACAUGCACACGGAACUUCUUAUCCAGGGGGUAUAUGCCUGCCCUAUUAUUCCUCCAGUGUCGUUAAGGAUCUUUUACCUGACCUAAAUGCAAUUGCAAGCAGAAUGGCACAUCAGUUGGGGCAUAACCUUGGGAUGUGGCAUGAUGAUUACCCAUGUACCUGUACUUUGGGAAAAUGCGUGAUGGAUAGUGAUGGAAGCACUCCUGCACUAAAAUUCAGUAAAUGGCAAAACCAGUACCAGCAAUAUCUCAAGGAUUAUAAGCCAACGUGCAUGUUCAAUAUUCCAUUUUCUGAUAAGUUAAGUGAUUAUCCAUAUUGUGGAGACAAGAGGUUGGAUGAUGGAGAAGAGUGUGAUUGUGGCCCUGUUCAGGAGUGCACUAAUCCUUGCUGUGAUGCACACAAAUGUAUGCUGAAGCCAGGAUUUAGUUGUGCAGAAGGAGAAUGCUGUGAAUCUUGUCAGUUGAAAAAAGCAGCGUCUAUAUGCAGACCAGCAAAAGAUGAGUGUGAUUUCCUGAGAUGUGUACUGGCCACUCUUCCGGGUGGUCCUAAGGACCAAUUCCAAAUAAAUGGAUUUCCUUGCAAGAAUGCAAAAGGCUACUGCUUCAUGGGGAAUUGUCCCACCCGGGAUGACCAGUGCUCUGAACUGUUUGAUAAAGAGGCAAAAGACAGUUCUGAUAUCUGCUACAAGAUGAAUAAAAUUGGAAAUAAAUUUGGAUACUGCAAAAACAAGAAACACGUAUUAAUUCCUUGUGAAGAAAAAAGAUAUCAAAUGUGGAAAGAUUUCUGCACAGGAGGGCAGCAUUCUUCUGUCCUUGGAGAAGAAAAGAUCUAUCACCUUAAGAAGCCUCUGAAGCAGAAUGCCACUGAAUGCAAAACUUUUUUUUUAUACCACGAUUCUAAGGAUUUUGGCCUGGUUGCUCCUGGAACAAAAUGUGGAGAUGGACUGGUGUGCAGCAAUGGUGAAUGUGUGACUACUGCAAAGGCCUACAAUUCAACCGAUUGCUCCUCUCAGUGCAGUGAAAAUUCUGUGGAUGACGGUGAACUUGAGUGCCAGUGCGAGGCAGUACAGGCAUCUGCUGAAUGGGAGGAAACCUUAAAUAUUACCAAUAUCUCCAUCCUGGUGGUUGUUCUCAUCCUGGUUAUUAUUGGUGUCGUGGUUGUCAUAGUAUUAAUUCGUUACAAAAAAUGUAUUAAGUUGAAGCAAGUUCAAAGCCCACCGAGAGAAACCCUAGGAGUGGAGAAUAAAGGAUACUUCGGUGAUGAGCAGCAGACAAGGACUGAGCCCAUCUUACCUGAUAUUCACCCCCUACAUAAACCUGCAAAUAAAGAGCCAAGAGGAAUCGCAGAUCCCAAUCCAAGUGCCGAAGUGUUGGUUUCCCCUAGUGGAGAAUUCAGGCUGGGCAGACUAAAGGGAGUGUAUGGAGGGGUUGAUUCAGCAAGCACCAAGACGGUUCCAUCAACAUCCUGCCAGAGGGACAAUGUAAAAUUGCGAUUAAGAGACAUAAUUGAGCCUGAUCCAAAGAGACGUGUGCAGAGUGGGUCCUUAAACUGCAAUACAGGAAGCAUCAAGAGCCCACAUAUUGAAAGUCAACUGGAAUUGGAGAGCUUGGCCAUUUGGAGAGAAUUGGCUGGAAUGACAAGACUAGGAGGUGUCCUGGAAUAA